GAAAAGGAUUGGAUGCGCAUAGAAUAGCGUGGUCACAAGAAGGUCGGGUUAUUGUCUAGUUGGUGUCAUUCAUAGAUCAUUGUCACUACGUAUGUUUCCGACUACAUGACAGACGGUUAGUGAAGAAAUUUGUAUUCACCACUGCACUAUGUUAAAUUCAGAUCCAGACGGAAAGAGUAGUAACAAUAAUGCCCAGCAAGAACAGUCAAACGUUAUGCAAAAUGGCCAAUCAGUACAAAAGGAAUCCACUGGAGAAGACUUGUCGAGUCGUGACUUGACCAAAGAACAGCAUGACGAGCUCAAAGAAUGCUUCGAUUGGUUUGACAAGGAUGGAAAUGGAUCAAUAUCAUCUGAUGAACUUGGUACACUUAUGAGGACCCUUGGGCAGAAUCCAACAGAUAAAGAAAUAGAAUUGAUGAUAGCAAAAACAGAUUUUAAUAAAAACGGUGUGAUAGAUUUUGACGAGUUUGUUGACUUAAUGGCAACGCACAUGGUAGACGACCCGGAAGACGAACUCAUAGAAGCAUUUAAAGUAUUCGACAAAGACGGAGACGGGUUUAUUGAUGCCGGAGAGCUGAGACGAGUUGUCAGAGGUGUGGGCGAAAAAUUGACCGAUGAUGAAAUUGAGAAUAUGAUGACAGAAGCUGACGUGAAUGGGGAUGGGAAGAUUGAUUACGAAGGUAUAAACGGAUAUAAAAUAUAUUUAGUUUUAUAG